AUGCCAACAAGCUCCAGCCAUUGUUGUUGUUGUUGGUGGUGGUGGUUUUGGGUAGUUGUAGUGGUCGUCGUUUCUGCAAAUGCACCAGGUGGACAGGUGCAGGCUCAGCAAGUCGUUGAUCCCACUGGUUGGAAUCCCAACGAGGGCUCUUCACAACCUGAACAAAAGAGCUGGCUCGAACAACAUGGUCGUAUUGCAUUAGUCGUUGUACUGGGUGUCGCCGUUUUAGCGCUGGUUACUUGGUAUAUCGUACGAAGCGUCAAAGGAAUGCGUAAACGACUACAAAACGAAAACGAACAACAAGCUAGAGCCAUAGAACAAAUCGCACAUAGUCGACAACAACAACAUUAUCCAAGCGAUAAUACAGCACCACCACCACCACCACCGUUGAAUGAACCUGCUGCUGCUCCUCAUGCUCAUCAUCAUCAAAAGUCACCACCUUCCUCACCGACAACUCCAACCUCACCACCACCACACUAUUAG